CCGAGCCGGAUCGCACCGUGGGAAGUGAAGUAAUUUUUAAAAAAUGGACAUUCCUGUUAUUGAUAUGUUCACAGAAGAGGAAUACCUUGAGUCAUCAGGCUCUGACGAAAGUGACAUUAGACAACACCAGCCCUCCGCUAAAAGGGCUUAACAUUCGGAAAAGGCGGUUGGACAUGAUACUGCAUUUAUUAACGUGCUUGAAGAGUUUCCAGUUAUUUUAAAAAAAAUCACAAAUUCCUAUGAUGAAGGCUAAAAAGUCCGCCGCCAUCAAAAAAUUUGCAAACAAACUUCUUAUUGAAUAUGGUAUUGAUUAUACGGAAAAACAGAUUACAAAAAAAUACACAAUUUGAAGAUCCGCGUCAAGUCUGAAACAGACAGGAAAUCGACAAAUAAUACUCAGUAAAACAGAAAAAAAUUCUUUGAAAUGAUGGGUGGGAGAAAAAAUCCAUCAAUUACGGAAAGAACGUUUGGUAUUUCUGUUGGCGAGCCAGAACUAUCUGUCGCUGAUUUAUAUUCACAUGAAACCAUGGAAGAUUGCAUUGCUGGUCCGAGUCAUACACGCACUAAACCGUCUGCAAAGAAAAAAACCACCGAAUUGGAAGAGCUGCAAAGAACGGUUCUUCAAGAGCAACUGAAUCUCAUUCACGCACAGGACCAACUAUUAAAGCAACAGCAAGAGCUAAGCAUUGAGCAGCAAAAUGAAAAGCACACGGAAGAAAUGAAGUUAAUGAAAUUGAAACAAGAUAUUGCAAUGUUAAGGUUAAAAAUUCUUAAAAAAGAUAACGACUAGGAUGUAAUGUAAUGACUUUUUAUAUUAAACGAUAAUAUUUUCAUGAGCAAAUUAAAAAAAAAUUAUA